CGCAGGCCAGGGAAAGGGAGAGAGUGUUGGGGAAUCGUGUGACAGCGGAGAGAGGCCAGAGAGGGGCUCGACUCAUGCCCUUGGCUCGGUAGGUAGCGGGGAGGGGGACAUGUUCGUGCAGGAGGAGAAGAUCUUCGCGGGGAAGGUGCUCAGGCUCCACAUCUGUUCCAUGGACGGGGCCGAGUGGCUGGAGGAGGUCACGGAGGAGAUCUCGCUGGAGAAACUGAAGGAGAAGUGUCUCAAGCACUGUUUCCACGGGAGCUUGGAAGAUCCAAAAACGUUAACCCAUCACAAACUGGUCCAUGCCUCUUCUGAGCGGGUGCUCUCGGAUGCCAAGACAGCGGCUGAAGAGAACCUUCAAGACAAUGAUGUCCUGCUGUUGGUUAAGAAGAGAGCACCGCUGCCACCACCAAAGAUGGCUGAAGUCUCUGCCGAGGAGAAGAGGAAACAAGACCAGAAAGCUCCAGAUAAAGACGCCAUUCUCAAGGCAACGGCCGGCCUUACAGCCCGCAACUCAGACCGCACUGUGGCUCACCAUAACAUGAGAGAUUUUCAGACUGAGCUCAGGAAGAUAUUGGUGUCCCUCAUUGAAGUAGCUCAGAAGCUGCUGGCACUAAACCCAGAUGCAGUUGAGCUGUUCAAGAAAGCCAAUGCUAUGCUGGAUGAAGACGACGAGGAUCGGGUGGACGAAAUCGCACUGCGGCAGCUUACGGAAAUGGGGUUCCCAGAGACCAGAGCCGCGAAAGCCCUCCGCUUAAAUCACAUGUCUGUAACACAGGCUAUGGAGUGGUUAAUUGAGCAUGCCGAUGACCCUUCAGCCGAUGCACCUCUCCCAUGUGAGAAUUCCUCCGAGGCCGCUGGAGGUUUAGCCACAGGGGAAGCCGAGGCGAAACCAGUUCUUGGAGCCAGCGCAGAGGACCCCAAAGAUGAACUCACAGAGAUAUUUAAGAAAAUCCGCAGGAAAAGAGAAUUCCGUCCAGACCCUCGAGCUGUCAUUGCAUUAAUGGAGAUGGGUUUUGAUGAAAAAGAAGUCAUUGAUGCCCUGCGAGUGAACAACAAUCAACAAGAUGCUGCUUGUGAGUGGCUUUUGGGUGACAGAAAGCCAUCGCCGGAGGACUUGGACAAGGGGAUUGACACGACUAGUCCAUUAUUUCAAGCCAUUCUGGAUAACCCCGUAGUACAGCUAGGCCUAACUAAUCCUAAAACACUGUUAGCUUUCGAAGAUAUGCUUGAAAACCCGUUAAACAGCACUCAGUGGAUGAACGACCCAGAAACGGGCCCAGUAAUGCUUCAAAUCUCUAGGAUCUUCCAAACCUUAAACCGCACGUAGGACACUUCUCUCUCUCUGUUUUUAUUUCUCUCCCCCAAGGAAAUCAACAGCUUUAUAGCCUCUUGGACUUUUGGACACCUCAAACUGAUGGGAGGGGAGGAUACCAAAAUCUUGCUGAGCGCCCCUGUUUCGGAGGGCCUUAAACUAAAGUCCGCUUUAGAGACCCCGACGGAAUACAGGAUAGAUUGGCAUAAAACUGCGUUACUGUUUGAAGGGAAAGAGUGGCAAAGUAAACCCGUUUUCGGAUGCUAUUUAAACUUGUGAAUUUAGUUGCUUUUUUUUUUUUGUGAAUUUCCUUUUCUUUAGGCUGGAUGGCAAGGUAGCCCCCACUGACACGUAUUUAUGGUUGUUAGCAGUGUGUUGAUACUUUUAUGCUUUCUUAAACUGCCACGGACAACACCAAAAACAUGUUAAGAAUGUGGUACUUAAAUCCCCCGGCAUGUUGGCUGAGAGUUCAGAGCAAGCCGCCAGCUUAUCCAAGGGCACCAGGCACCCACCUGUGGUUCACUUGGCAAAACUAAACCUGAAUCAAUUUAUUUAUUGUACCGAUUUUUAUAUAAUUUUAAUCCAAGCUAUGAAUAAUAAGUGUAUUUUAGUUGGCUGCGCUCCUGCCGAGAACAGCAGAGGAGCAGACUCUUAAUAUUUUUAGUUUUUAUGCAAAUUCUUUUUCCGGGAAAAGGUUCUGUUUCAUGGGAGGAAUCGCAUGGCAAGAAUCAGUCACGUGAGAUGUUGCUGCUGCUCUUUUUUUCCAAAACACAUCAGUUAAUAGAGCUGCUCCAGCAGAAUUCUGCACUGAAAUCCAUUUCACAAAAGAGCAAACAGAUUCUUUUAUAUUUCAUUUUGAAAUCUAAGAUGGGGCUAGACAUAUUGUCAGUUUCCCAGCUGCCCCUGGUCAUGUGACUUGUGCUCUGAUAAACUUCAGUCACUGUUUACUGCAAGUUGGUGUGAUAUCAACUCCCCCCCCCCCAGAAGCCCAUCAGCAGAACGAUGGGAAGGUAACCAGAUAGCAGCUCCCUAACACUAGAUAACAGCUGCCUGGUAGCUCUAAGAACAGCACUCAAUAGUAAAAUCCAGGUCCCACUGAGACACAUUCAGUUACAUUGAGCAGGAGAAAGAACAGCCUGCCAGAAAGCAGUUCCAUCCUAAAGUGCUGGCUCUUUCUGAAAGCACAUGACCAGGCAAAAUGACGUGAGAUGCACCAAUAUUACAACUAAAAUACACUUGCUGGUUCAGGAAUGAAAUUUUAUAUUGUAGAGUGAAUUAUUUGCAGUGUAAACAGUGUAAUAAGAAAUAAAAAUCAUGACAGAAUCCCUUUAACUACAAAUGCACAUGUUCCGAUUUCUUCCUCAGAAAGAAGCUUUUUAGAUUCUGCUACUGCACCGACCUUGGUAUCUAGUCCAAAUGUUCAUCCUUAUGUGUGUUAUAUGGAAUAAAAAUUCUUUAUGCAAA